UUGAGGAGCUGAACCCUCCAGAGUCUCUGCAGUCAGUCAGUGUGCGCACACUUCAGCCUCCGAUUCUCUGAAAAUAUAGGUUCAACUUCCGUUUACUGGCUUUUAUCCCCACAACAAACACUUUGGACUCUUUACAUCUACUUUUAUUUGACUUUUUCUGGGCUGCACCGGGCUUUUCUCACAGGCUCUGGUGUUUUCCUGGUGAUGACCUCACUGCUGUUUCCUGGCAACGCCCACGCUGCGAUGAAGGACCUCUCCUCUUCCUCCACUCCUCUCAGCUCCCUGCUCCACUACCCGUCCUCCAAAACCUCCGCUGUGCCGUUCUCCCCAUCUGCCGGUGCCGCCGCCUCGCCCGGGUCAACGCUGUCGUCGGCGCCGCUCUCCAAACCGCAGCCCUUCUGCCUCCAGACGGGGCCGCACCUCCUCGCCAGCAUGCAGCUGCAGAAGCUCAACUCGCACUACCAGAACCUCACCGGCGCUUCUGCCGGACACCCAGCACCCGGUGGCGCUCAAAGGGGCUUCAGCGCCUCGCCUCUGGGCACGGGAAACCAGCUUCUGGGGCCGUCUGGAGGCCUCGGCGGAGGUGGGCUGGGCGUCGGCAUCAGCAUGGCCAACCAAAGCUCCGGCGCAGGUGGAAUUAUCGACUUUGACCCCGUGGACGAGGAGGUUCUCAUGUCUCUGGUGGUGGAGCUGGGUUUGGACCGAGCCAACGAGCUGCCCGAGCUCUGGCUGGGUCAGAACGAGUUUGACUUCAUGUCAGACGUGCCGGCCGGGUGCUGACCUACGAGAAAAGAAAACUAUCGAGAUUCGUAGGUUGGCAGUGGAAUUGAUUGACAAAGAGAGUUGUUGUUGUUCUCUUUCCUCCAUUUCUUGGUUGAUAAAAUGAGGAAACGGAAGAGACGCUGAGCGAUAAAGAGAAAGACGUUAGAGGCCUAUUCUCGUUUCUAUUUUGCUUUCGUACUCUAUGUGCAGACAGACCAAUAAAAGAAAAAGAAAAAAAGACAGCUUGCUGUCAAACUUGUCGUUUUGCUAAUGCAGAGAGAAGAAGAGAGAGAGCAAAGAGAGCAAACUGUUUUUCGCUUCAUUCAAUCAGUGCAUUUUUCUUUUCUUGGAUGGAACUGGUGGUCGAAACCAACCUGAUGGGAUUAAGAAGUCUUUGGUUUUGGCUCAUCACACUUUUUUCCUUUUCAUUUAAAGAAAACAAAAACAAAGCAGAAACAAGAACUCUUUCUGCCUCUGCUCCGUCACGCUGGCUUAAUAAAAACGAUGUGGUUGGAGACGUUUCUAACCUUUUUUGGAUAAAAAAAGCAGUAGAGAUGACAUCGACACACUUAUCGGACUUUCUUAGUUCUGUUCUCUCUCCGUCAACUUAAAGCAACACCAAAGAUUAUUUUGUACCUUAAAGUAAUGUUUCCAAAAUCGUUUCAGUGGUUCAUCAACUCGUAACAGGGUGAACGGCACUUCUGCAUUCGCUUUGCGGCCCUCUAGCGGCUAAUGCGCUAUGCAAGUUGGCCAGAUCGGGUAGCGGAUCUGUAGUUCGAAUGAGACAUAAUGGAUACAAUUCCGCUUCCAACCUGUAGGGGGACCGAAGAGGAAAAGUGAUUUGGUGUUGCUUUAAGGAAGCAUGACAUUAUGGGAGAUUUGUGAUGGAUGUCAAACACCAUGUUUCCUGUUUUCUUAAUGGACAAUAUUAGACUCUGGUCUCACGGGAAAGAGACUCCUGUCUCUCGCCUUCACAAAGACACUGAUUGUCUGAGAACCGGUUAUCUCAAUGUACUUUUCUUUCCUUACCUUUUUGUUUGAAUUAAGUUCAACCAGUCGCAUUCUCAGAACCUGUUAUUUAAGACAGUGGCUGAUAUCCAUCUGGACUUCUGGACAAGGAGCGCUUCUGUAGCGCGUCUAUAAUCGGUUCUACUUUUCUGAACAUAAUGAAUUAGAUCAAGGGAUGGGGAAUCUUUCGGAGCAUGGGACCUGAAUGGAGAAAAUUGUUUCUUGCUCUGGAACACAGCCUCAUUAAAACGCAUUAAAUCGAGGCCUUGUGAGUCACAACGAACAUGUUCAUGUUUUGUUUUCUGGCUCGCAGUGUAAGAACCAUUGACCCGGGUGGUGUCAGUGAUCUGGAUAGCACUUCCCUCUUACAAUAAGGAUACAAGGUCUUGUCAAACUUAAUGCAAUAACAAAUUAUUCUGAUAACAGAUUCAUGCGCUUUUUGUUUUUCCUGUUUCACCGCUUUGAUGUUUGUGUCAAAACAGUUUGUUCAGCCACACUUCUGUGUCCCUGAUAAGAAAGCAUCGUCUGUUAUGUCAUCAUUAGGCCUGGAGGAUGCUGUUUGCACACACUGCAGGGCAGCCUUUGACCUGAAUACACACUGUUGUUUGGUUUUAAGCACCACCAGGCUUUAGGAUGAUUGGAGUCGGACCAAAGUGAACUAAACCUUUCACGCCCUACCGCUACUUGCGGCUAGCAUGAUUUUUUGAGAUUGACAUGAGCUUUACUGUGUCUUUAAAGGCAGAUACAAACAAGCUAGCUGUGCCGCCUUAUUACGGAACCCGCUGCAGUUCUAGGCAAGACCCGCUCUUCAGUAGCAUUCGCGCGCUACGAUUGGCCAGGCGACCAUGCUUGCGCGGGGUAACGGAACCCGAUUUGUUCAGGCCCUAUCCCCUGACCAAUCGGCUAUCCUAACCUGAACUACUCAAGGUCAGUGCCUAGCCUCAACCAAUCGGGCUGCUUCGUAGGGCGGGUCUUGCCUAGAACCGCAGUGGGAUCCAUAAUAACGCAGCUGUGCCCCCUCUGGCAGCCAUAUUCGAAGUCCUCAUGCUCUCUGGCUUCAUUUGAACAGUUAUUUGUUUAUAUGGAAUCAACUCUCUCAUGGAAAAUGUGUUGUUUCUUGUUGCUGCAGACUUCAGUGGUUGAAAGAAUCCCCAGGGGUUAAAUUGACACCCACUCCUCCACCCCUGUGCUGUUUCUUGCUGUAGACGGAUGGAUGUUAGCAUGCGGGCUCUGACCUAUGUAUCUGUUGUGGUAAGAAGAGACGGGGACUUGAAGUAUGCGGCGGGAACAAAGGCCUUUCACCUCAACCUGGUUUGCCUGUCUUCCUGUGCAUUGUGGGUCUCCUCUUGGACCACACACACAUGAAAUAACACACCUGUACAUAUACGCACAGGCACACAACUCACCUCAAUGGAAACUCUCUCUCUCACACACACACACACACACACACACACACACACACACACACACACACACACACACACACACACACACUCACUGAAACCCAGCUAUGUGCGGCAUACAAAGGCACCGAAAUAAACACACACACAGGAGCAUGGGGAUGGUAUUACAGCAGGGAAAUGGGAGUAGCAACCAUGAAACAGGCACUUGUUCAGUUACACACAGACUUCACAGGGUAUUGGUGUGUGUGUGUGUGUGCGCGAGUGCGUGCGUGAAGAGAGAUAGUGAUGUUAGACUGUAUGCAAGUCUGAAAAUGUCAGUGUGUGAGGGGAAACUAUGAGCAGCAGGUAAUCCGUCCACAUGUAAACCACUGGCAGAGGAAAAAAUUUGCAGGGCCUCGUUAAUUUAUAAAGAUACAGACGGGUCAGCUUACACACACUCAGUUCCUCAACAAGCCGGCUAUUUUUCCCACCACACAAACACAGCUUCCUCAUACCGCUUUUUGAUGUUGAUUAGGGUCUUGGUUACAGUCAAUGAACUUCCUUUUCUUUCUUUAAUGAAACGCGAGAAGCAGCGAUUAAUGAAAACCCGAUGAAGGAGUAAUUUGACGGAGGGAUUUGCAGGAUGUUUCCCUCGCAACAAGCGCUUUAUUGAAAGAAAUGGAGAUGCCUCUCAUCAAUUCCAAAUCCAAAAGAUUCCUCUCUUCCUCCGUCUCGUCGUCUAAGUGGGUCAAAAUAACAUUCUUCAAAUCGAAGACAGUCUUGUGUUUGUUUCCAUCUGCUCGACAUUGUUUUAAAGUCCCUGUGUGUGUGUGUGUGUGUGUGUGUGUGUGUGUGUGUGUUUUUUGUCCGGCCUUGA